UUGUGCUUAACAGGGGCUUUACACAUCAUGGGAAGUGCAGUGUUUCUGGUGCUCUUGCUCGGGGUGGCACUCGCUGCGACCGCCGCUGUUCCGUCGAACGACGCCGGCAGUCCUACCGUAGUAUCAACAGAUAGAUUAACGCCCAUCGCAUCUUUGAAAACGCUAAAAGAGAGUUCUUCCGCCAUAACGUCGACCGGCAGCUCACAGCCGGCCACAGGAGAUGUCUUUGAAGUAGAGCCAGCGGACCUCGAAGUUCUCGUACGACCAAAGAGAAACUUCUACGGGAGGGGCGAUCCUUGGGGGAGAGACAGGAUUUACGGACGUAACCGCCAGCGCAGCAGAUUAAAUCGCGCGAAGUACAACCGUGGCAAAAUGAGGUACUUCUUUCAGAGAAAGAAACCCUCGGAUAACUACAGACCCAACUAUGACGCUGAAAACUCCUCCCCGAAAUACACAAAUAGAGAUUACGUCGCCAGGACCGUCGUCAGUGCGCCUCCGUCUGAACCUCGCAGGUCUUCCGGAGGAUUCGUCUCAGCUAGGUCGUCAGGAGUUGCCCGAGUGGAGCAGACCGGCUAAACCAGAUUUGAAUUGGCAGGGUUUUCAUGAUAUAUGCAAUGCCUAGUGGGAGUUAUGGGAGUUUAACCUUAAGACAUUCCUCACAGGCAUUUUCAGAGAGCCGCUUAGAAAUGGAUUUACCUACAAACCUGAAUCGAAUAGUUCCUCGCACCUAAAUUCUCAGAAGGUUACUUAAGAUGUAUAGACUAAUAUAUUCAUACAUUAUGAGUAUCACUGAUUGUAUUUACGUAUUUUUGCAAUUCUAUACACUAUGACUUUAGAGCAUAUUUUUCCAAGUCUUUUAUAAAGAGGUUUUAAUACACCCUAGUUCUAACAAUGCUUAGUUAUAAUAUAUGCUUAUAUACUUAUAUACAUUUCCAGGCCUGUGAAAUGCAAUAGUUUUCUUAGGUUAUGAAGCAAAUAAACAGUAAAAA